GUCUGAUUGGGGCUCGCACCGCAGCACGCUGGAGUCCCGCUUAGGUACCAGUUAGCGUCAGGGGAGCUAGGUCAGGCGGUCGCCGGGAUACCCCGUGUGUGGCAGGCGGCGAAGCGCUCUGGAGAAUCCCGGACAGCCCUGCUCCCUGCAGCCAGGUGUAGUUUCGGGAGCCACUGGGGCCAAAGUGAGAGUCCAGCGGUCUUCCAGCGCUUGGGCCACGGCGGCGGCCCUGGGAGCAGAGGUGGAGCGACCCCAUUACGCUAAAGAUGAAAGGCUGGGGUUGGCUGGCCCUGCUUCUGGGGGCCCUGCUGGGAACCGCCUGGGCUCGGAGGAGCCAGGAUCUCCACUGUGGAGCAUGCAGGGCUCUGGUGGAUGAACUAGAAUGGGAAAUUGCCCAGGUGGACCCCAAGAAGACCAUUCAGAUGGGAUCUUUCCGGAUCAAUCCAGAUGGCAGCCAGUCAGUGGUGGAGGUGCCUUAUGCCCGCUCAGAGGCCCACCUCACAGAGCUGCUGGAGGAGAUAUGUGACCGGAUGAAGGAGUAUGGGGAACAGAUUGAUCCCUCCACCCAUCGCAAGAACUACGUACGUGUAGUGGGCCGGAAUGGAGAAUCCAGUGAACUGGACCUACAAGGCAUCCGAAUCGACUCAGAUAUCAGCGGCACCCUCAAGUUUGCGUGUGAGAGCAUUGUGGAGGAAUACGAGGAUGAACUCAUUGAAUUCUUUUCCCGAGAGGCUGACAAUGUUAAAGACAAACUUUGCAGUAAGCGAACAGAUCUUUGUGACCAUGCCCUGCACAUAUCGCAUGAUGAGCUAUGAACCACUGGAGCAGCCCACACUGGCUUGAUGGAUCACCCCCAGGAGGGGAAAAUGGUGGCAAUGCCUUUUAUAUAUUAUGUUUUUACUGAAAUGAACUGAAAAAAUAUGAAACCAAAAGUACAAA